CGGCCCAUAUAGGCUUAAAGCUCUUUCAGAAGAAAAAAAUGGUGGAAAUUGGAAGAACUUGGAGAAGUAGAUACUGUGCUAGGGUUUAGCAUCGUUCUGUAUCAAGUGAGAGAAAAUGUCUUCGUCUUCAUCGAAAACUUUAAUUCGGACUGGCGUUUCUCUGAUUAGCCGUUUGAUGGCCCAAAAUUUAAGAUGUUCAGCCCAAAUGCCAGAAAUUGCAAAUCCGACACUCACUUCUAGGCUUUUUCCAUCUCUCUCCUCUCAGUCUCAGUCUCCGAUUCGUCUUGAUUUGCCCCAGUCCGACGUUGAUUCGUUCAAGAAGGUUUCCACUGAAGGUUUCUUAUAUCCCACUGGCCUUCCGUCUCUUCCCUUUUUCCUCCCUGACGUUGAUGAUUCUUCGUCGAGUGGGAUGCUUUUGUUUCCUAAGAGAACCUACCAACCCAGCAACAUGAGGCGCAAAAGGACACAUGGUUUCUUUGCUCGCAAAGCAACAAAGGGUGGGCGUAGAGUCAUUGCUCGACGUAUUGCAAAGGGUCGAUCAAGAAUAACAGCAUAACAACAUUUUUGUUGCAUGGUUCACAAGGUGUACGGAUCAAGACUAGAAGGCUGGUUCAGGGCAUUUCACGGACAGCUAAAUAGGUGAAGUUGCGACUAUUGAAAUCAAUGGGGUGAGGAGGUGAUGCUUUGGUGAGACUCAAACUGGAGUUUUGUACUUAGGCCCCUACUUCCCAGCUUUGUCCCCAAUUCUUCAUAUUUUUCUUAGCUGGUUUUAUUUCCCUUAAAGAUAUGUUUUGAUCUGUAAUAAGGAAUUCUUUUUCACUGUACCCAAGGGUCCUUGAGAUUGA